AUGCAAGAGCUUGAAGAGCAAUUAGCAGUAAUAACUAAGAGAAAAUCGCGUAAGAGAAAGCAGAUUCAGCAUAGUGGCACACUUAAGUAUGGCCCAGCAGCAUCGUGGGUAGCUGCUAAGGCUCAACUGUUUAGUGCUGUAGGAACUGCAGCAAAACUAGACACAACGCACAAACGUGCUAGGAGGGUGCAGAAACAUCUUCUAAAUCUAAUACAAGCACGCAGUAUGCUAGGUCACUGUUUAAUAGUAAGUAGUUGUAGUUGCAGUAACUUGUGUUAG